GUGACGUGAUGCCCGUUGUUUUGGUGCGCCCGACCAAUCGGACACGCCGGCUGGAUUCUACGGGAGCCGGGAUGGGCCCGUCGUGGCGGCAGCAGGACGCUCCCCUGCCGACCAUCACGCAUUGCGCACGGUGCACCACCGCCCGGUCCUCCUGCGGCUUUAACGGCCCGGGAAUGGACGCGCCGCGCCACUUCCCGGCGGGCUUCGGCCCCGACCAGCAGCAGCAGCAGCAGCAGCAGCGCCCGCCGGCGCCGGCGCCGCCGCACUGCCAGCAGCACGGCCAAGACAAGCAGAGCCUCCUCCAGCAGCAGCAGCAGCAGCAGCAGCCUCAGCAGCAGCAGCAGCAGCAGCAGCAGCAGAGUCCAUGCCUCCAGUGCAACAACUGCGCCUACUACGGGGCUGCUGCGGCAGCCGCGGGGGAUAACCUGCCCCUGCUGCUCCGCGCCUCCUCGCCCCUCUCCGGCGCCUUCCGGACGCACUCCUCGCCGCUCUCCUCCGCCGCGUCCUCCCGGCAGGGCAGCCAGCUGAACGUCAACGAGCUCACCCCCUCCAGCCAUGCCGGCGCUCUCAGGCAGCCUCACCAGUAUUCCCAGUACCACCAGUGCCAUAGCCUGCAGCAGCAGCAGGCAGUCAGCCCCAGCAGCAGUGUCAGCAGCGGCAGCACCCACCACCACCACCACCAUCAUCACCACCACCACCACCACCAGCAGCAGCAGCAGCGCCGGGAGAGCAACCCCUUCACCGAAAUAGCCAUGAGCAGCUGCAGGUACAACGGCGGCGUCAUGCGGCCCCUCAGCAACCUCAGUUCGUCCCGCAGGAACCUGCACGACCUGGACUCCGAGUCGCAGCCGCUGCAGCCGCCGCUCGCCAGCCCCGCUGCCGCCGCCACCGCCGGCAGCCCCGCCGCCCCGGAGAUCGUGGUCUCCAAGCCCGAGCACAACAACUCCAACAACCUGGCGCUCUACAGCUCCGCCGGCCCCGGCCCCGGCCCGGGCAGCACCAACAACGGCGGAGGCAAGUCCAGCAAGAAGAAGAACCAGAACAUCGGCUACAAGCUGGGGCACCGCCGAGCGCUCUUCGAGAAGCGCAAGCGCCUCAGCGACUACGCGCUCAUCUUCGGCAUGUUCGGCAUCGUCGUCAUGGUCAUCGAGACUGAGCUCUCCUGGGGCGCCUACACCAAGGAGUCGCUGUAUUCCCUCGCUCUGAAAUGCCUUAUUAGCCUGUCUACGAUUAUCCUGCUUGGGCUCAUCAUCGUGUACCAUGCAAGGGAAAUCCAGUUGUUCAUGGUGGACAAUGGAGCAGAUGACUGGAGAAUAGCCAUGACUUAUGAGCGUAUUUUCUUUAUCUGCUUGGAAAUACUGGUGUGUGCUAUACAUCCCAUACCUGGGAAUUAUACGUUCACAUGGACAGCCCGGCUCGCCUUUUCUUACGCUCCAUCCACAACAACAGCUGAUGUGGAUAUUAUUUUAUCUAUACCAAUGUUCUUAAGACUAUAUCUUAUUGCCAGAGUUAUGCUUUUGCAUAGCAAACUUUUCACUGAUGCCUCAUCUAGAAGCAUUGGAGCAUUAAAUAAGAUAAACUUCAAUACCCGUUUUGUUAUGAAGACUCUAAUGACAAUAUGUCCAGGAACUGUACUGUUGGUUUUUAGUAUCUCAUUAUGGAUAAUUGCUGCAUGGACUGUCCGAGCUUGUGAAAGAUACCACGAUCAACAGGAUGUUACUAGCAACUUCCUUGGGGCAAUGUGGUUGAUUUCAAUAACUUUUCUAUCCAUUGGAUAUGGGGAUAUGGUACCUAAUACAUACUGUGGGAAAGGAGUCUGUUUACUUACUGGAAUCAUGGGUGCUGGGUGCACUGCACUGGUGGUAGCUGUGGUGGCAAGGAAGUUAGAACUUACCAAAGCUGAAAAACAUGUGCAUAAUUUCAUGAUGGACACCCAGCUAACUAAAAGAGUGAAAAAUGCAGCGGCCAAUGUACUCAGGGAAACAUGGUUAAUUUAUAAAAACACAAAGCUGGUUAAAAAGAUAGACCAUGCAAAAGUAAGGAAACAUCAACGCAAAUUCUUGCAAGUUAAAAUUCUACCUUUUAGAUUAAGAAGUGUAAAAAUGGAACAAAGGAAACUGAACGAUCAAGCCAACACUUUGGUGGACCUGGCAAAGACUCAAAACAUCAUGUAUGACAUGAUUUCUGACUUAAAUGAAAGAAGCGAAGAUUUUGAGAAGAGAAUUGUUACUCUGGAAACUAAACUGGAAACUUUAAUUGGUAGCAUUCAAGCUCUCCCUGGACUGAUUAGCCAGACAAUCAGCCAGCAACAGAGGGAAUUCCUCGAGGCUCAAAUACAAAAUUAUGAUAAGCAUGUUGCCUACAGUGCUGAACGAUCACGAUCUUUGUCAAGAAGAAGGAGAUCAUCCUCCACAGCACCACCAACUUCAUCAGAGAGUAGCUAGAAGAGAAUAAGUUAACUGCAAAUAAAGACUUUUUGCCAUCAUAUGGUCAAUAUUUUAGCUUUUAUUGUAAAGCCCUAUGGUUCUAGCCAGUGUUAUCUGGGUUCUGAUGUCAGAAUCCUGGAAACCUGAAUACAUUUUAGGCCAAAAUGAGUGAAAACUCUUCUUUUUUCCCCCUCCUCCUCUCAGAUGCACAGUGAAUGCACCUAUUAUCGCUAUAUUAGAUUGUUCUUCCUGUAAUUUCACUAACUUUUUAUUUAUGCACUUCAAACAAGCUUUACUACUAAAGUACAUAAUAUAAUAAAAAGGUUAAUUUCUGCACAUAGUUGCUUGGUUACUUGGACUUAACAACCAAAAAAAAAAGCUCACAAUCAAAAGGCUUAAUUAUGAACUUUUAAGGAAAAAAAAAAGUGAAGCUUAAUAAUUAUUUCUUAGUAUGAAAGCUAAUUGUCUAAACUUUGCUUGCAGUGGAGGGGGAAAAAAAUCAAUAUUAAUCUAAAAGUGUGCUGUAUCUGUAUAGUAAUUUUAAAAGGUCACUGACAGCUUCGAUUUCUGAAGUGAUUAAUUAAAGAUAUAAUUUAUCCUAGAAAAUAAAUCAUGAAGUGAUCUAUGGGGAUUUUUAAUCUUAGGGCUUUUGUUUACCAUGCAUUGUUACGCACACACAGACAUAGAUUAUACAUAUAUACUUAUGUAUAUAAAAUUAUUUAAGCAAUGCCUGUGGCAAUGAUCUUUUAAACUGACUAUUUGUAAAGCUACUGGCAUGCAAGAAGCACAGGCAAAAUUCCUGCUUAUCUAUUCAGAGUCUCACAAUUAUGCCAGGUAAGUAUGUCCAGAUCAAAAGCAUCACUUUCAAGCCUGAAGUCUCCUAAUAAUGCUCUUUGGGUUUUGAAAGUGUUAGGUUGCUACUUUCUUCACUCCCUUCUUUGUGUUUAAUGUUUCUGGAGUGAAUUAUUGACACAGACUUGCAGUAUACACAAUUGUGUGAUAGCAGCACAGUGUUCUGUAUACAUUAUAUUUGGGUAAUUCCCAUGGUUCUUGCUAUGCAGUCAAGCUUAGCAAAACACUUUUAGCAAUAUUUCCAAAAAUUCUUGUAAAAAGCCAGCAGUAGAUGGGAGUUAUGGCGCUCUGGUAUCUGUAGUACUUUACUUUCAUGAACAAAAAAUAAGGUCUCCUACUUUUAUUAGGAAAAAAAAACACAAACAAAUUAAAACACAAACUAACCACGAAGCAUAGUGUAGGCACUUGUGAAAAGGCUCUGACUGAUUUAUCUUCUGGUUUAUAUCCAGAGUAGCAAAACUAGGUAAGCUUAAAUGCCCAGCGUAUGCAACUUGCAUUCACAAUUCCUAGUUAGGAAAUUAUUUGACUUUAUGAAAUAUUUUUUAGUACUUGCUAUUUAUGAAAUAUGCUAGUCCAGUCUGCCCCUCCCCCAAUUUACAGACAAGGGUGACACUGUACCUAAACAAGUAGACUUGUCUGACUGUUUCCAAGGAAUACUGUGUCUACCUAGAAGUAACUAACUUGCACGUUGAAGGAAUUGCAAAUUGCUCUAUGAGACACUGUGAGUUCUGGUCAGUAAGAACAGGCAGGAGAGAUGCCAAAAGUAAUGCAGGAAGUCAUGCCAGAGCCUUGCCGGACAAGACAGAAGAGCUGUUCUCUCCAGCAACUGUAAUUUCCCAAACCAAAUACAUAAUCUGAAAAACAGCAAACACUUUAUGUCCGUUUAAAUUAAAGGAUCUCCUUUUUCUGGUGCUAUAAAUGUAUAACUGAUGAAUGUAAGUGACAUCCAGAGGCAUUGAAUGUUUAUGAAAAGGACAAGAAUUUCUCCAACACUUGUUAUGUCCUUCAGAAAGAUUAUGACUUUGCAGUAUUUUCCCACGUAGAGCAGGACAGUUGCAUGUCUUUGGUGUGCCUUAUUUACAGACUGUGGUAUUUUGUGACUGGAAAUAACAUGCAGUAUGCAUAGUAUUUGCUGUUCUGCUUUUGUUUUUAUGAAGUUCAUUUCCAGAAGAAAAGUUGGAUAUUAUAUAGUGCUAAUACUUUUCUCGUCCAGUCCUUAACUAGAUGAGAUUGUGAAUGGUCAUGUGGCCACUUGCUUUACACUGCUGGCAGGUUUAGAAGUAGUGAUUAAUAAUAUUGAAAUUUUAAUACUAAAGUUUUAGUCUUCUUUUUUCUCUCUUUUUUUGUGUGUGUUUAAUUUAGAAUACUUUUCCUGGCAUUGAAUGUGAAAUACACUUGCUGUAGCUUGAAUACAUUCCCAUUUGUCCUGUCAGCUUGAACUAGCUCUAUCAUUGUUUACAACAUCUUUUGUAGGACCCAUUUUUUUUUCUCCUCUGAAUUGCACAACAGGAUUUUUUAAGAACUUUUUUAAGAAUUUUCAAAGGCCCACUUUGAAAAUUCAUGUCAGUCUUUCAAUUUGAAUUAAGUUCCAGCUAUAAGUAUUGAGCUGGCUAUUUCUGUUGUGAAAGACCAAUUGUCAUCUUUGACCUCUCAAUUUCUUUUACACACUAGGACUCAGGAGCCUGAACUUACUAAAUUCUUGCAACAGCUUUAUGCACCCGUGAGAUGCAUCAGGACUAUCCGCAUCAGUGGUGUUCUGUAACAACCUGCCAGAUUAUUUUGGAUUUCUGUCUUUGUUUUUAGAGCAAACAAGAAGUGAUGACGCAAUGGAAUACUCCAGUUCCACGUCUUAAUUUACCUUAAAACUCACUACAAGUAUUUUAUCUGUGUUUGCAGUACAGGUGAUUCUUUUCUUGUACUACCUGGUUUUAGAAAAUGCUUAAGUGGUACAUGUGAAUCCGGUACCUGAAAAGACAGAUAUAAACUUCUAUUAUGAAAAGCACAAAGCAAUUUGGUUUGAUUUUCUUACUCCUGUCACAAAAUUCCUUUUCAUCUUUCCUUGUUUGACUUUUGUAGUACCACAAAUUCCAUUGCUGAUUUUUUAUUUCCAAAACCUACUCCUUUACUGUUGUUAGCGUAUGAGCUCACUAAAAGGAAAGCAUAGCAUUAUGACAGAUCUUGGAAACGGCUGUAUAGUUAAAUGUUGAUUUUUCUCUGAAAGAUUGUUUAUAAAUGACAAGGACUCUUUUUCAAAGCAUAUGGCAUAUUUACCAUGUUACAGUUGUAAAGCUUCAUGCACCUCUUGCCUUAGUUUCACCAAUAGGAAAAUUCAGCUUUCAGUUGCUAUUAUACUCCUCCUUUUCACUGCAUUCCAGACACUGAUUCCAUUUAUCAGUUUCUUUGGAGUCUGACAGAGACUGAGCAAAGAUACCUUGCUUGUAAGGACUGAAAUGCAAGAUCACAAAUAGGCCUAUUCACUAUGCUUAAAACUCAGUGCAUUGAUUUAAACAGUGCUUUUUAGUUACAUUUAGGGUUUUUGCAGGAUCAGAAUAACACAUUCAUAUGUAUUAUGCUUGCAAAUGCUCUGCAGUUCUUAAUAAUGCGAAUCAUUAGCUAUUGUAAGCCUGCAGACCUUUCCAGAUAGACUUGUGCAACUCAGCCUUUCUUUUCUUCCUGCUGCUCGGUAAGGAAGGAUCUGAUAUGGAGAGAGGUUCACUAUCUAAAAGUUAAGCAUCCAGGUUAGGAGCUCUAAAUGCCUUCUGGAAGUCCAUACCUUUCCUUGUGAGCUAUUUAAAAACCAGGGCUCCCCAGACUGAGUCUGAAUCACUGUCAUCAUUAGAGGUCAAAAAUAGGUGACAGGCAUACUGUUUUACAGAUUGUAAAACUCUUUCCAUGUCAGAUCAUAUGUGAACAUUCGAACUGAUAUGCCACACACUUUAAAAGCAUAUCGAAGCAUAAAAGAAUAAAAGGUUUAAAUAUGUCUAAAAUUCAGAAUAAAACUUAUUACCCAUAUCAAUACUAAAAACGAAAAUUGUCUGAAAGCUCUUUUCCCCUAACUAAAAGUUAUGAAAAAUUUUAAUAAAUUUUAUGAACGUAAGGAA